AUGGUUAACAUUACGGAGCAUGAAUUGGUGCCUCAACACGUCGUACUUACUCAGGAGGAAAAGAAGGAGUUGCUUGAUAGAUAGUAAGUCUUGCACCUACUCCCACUCUCAUGGAAACAUAGUCGUUUGAAAGAAAGUCAGUUACCGAAAAUGCAAGUCAGUGAUCCGGUUUCUCGGUAUUACGGACUCCGCCGGGGACAAGUUGUACGGAUAAAUCGGCCUUCCGAGACAGCCGGACGCUAUAUAACCUAUCGCAUUGUCGUGUAG